AUGCCCUCAAUUUUGUCCUGGGCCACCAAGAACCAACCAAGCCGCGAGCAACGGCUGGCCUCGGACCCUGGCUGCUGGGAUCCGGCGCUAGGGUUUCCAGACAUGCUGCUCAACGCAAUAUUCUUGAUCAGAUUGCAGGAGAGCAAGCACACGGCUGACUGGCUGGCCCUGUCUUCCCGAAGGCUGCACCACCAACGACAACCUCGCUGGCAGUACCCCCAUGAGUGUGCGACAGCGCCCGCGUCGACCAUGAUGCCGAGACCCUUCUUCUGUCCCAUCCAUCUCCUUCGGCUGCUACCGCCCGCCCUGGCCUGGCAGCACGUGGCCGAGUCCGAACUAGCGACUGUUGUUGAGCAGCACCAACUUGCCCUGGUCGCCCGCCUAAAUCCCGGUGGUUGGAAGCACAAUGGGACGCAGCCGGCAGCCUCCGCCACCGCCGACGAGGCACUGAUGAGCAUUGACUGCUCAGCUGCUGUUAGCGGUGAGGUCUGCGCUCUCGCCGCCCCCGACUUCCCCGCCAUCCGCGUUUUCCGCCCCGGCAGCCACGGCCCGCCUGCUGCAUACCAGGGGUCCAUGACUGCGGCCGCCAUAUCCCAGUACCUGGCCCGCCACAGGCGUCCCAAGGUGUCGGAGCUGGUCACGGCCGAGGCGCUAGCGUCGUUCCAGACCGUCGACCGGGUCGUGUUCGUCGCCUUUGUGCCGCCCCAGGGCGGGGUUGUCGUUGGCGCCACGGCCCAUGACCCCAGGGCCCUGUCCUACCGCCGUGCCGCGCUGCGGUACCGGGACGAGUUCUCGUUUGGUAUCGUGACGGACCAUGCGCUCGCUAGUAGCCUAGAGGGCGGCGACGGCGAAGGCUCCGGGAGCGCCUUCGUCGUCGUCUGCCACAGGCCCGGCGACAGCCACACGUCCCGCUUCGUGUUCCCUGAGUUGAAGGAUGGGGUCGACAGCACUGCCGACGCCGCUCCCGCUCUUGAGGCCUUCAUCAGGGAUGGCGGCAGGCCUGAUAUUGCCCAAUUGACGCCAUUAAACCAUCAGAGAUACCUUGGUCUCGACUGGCCCGUGGCCUACCUCUUCGCCUGCACGGAGCCCGAGCGGGACACGCUGCGCGCCUUACUGGCCAGGCUGGCCAAAAGCUACCGUGACUCCCUGACCGUCGUGGUGGCUAACCCCUUCGACCUCCCGGGCCUGCCCGAGAGGCUCGGCCUGGGCCCGCCGUCGCCGUCGUGCCCGCCGUCGGGGGCGCUUCACCAGCUAUCCAGUGACCGCAUGUACCCGUGCCCGGCCGGCCGCCCCGUCGACGCCAGGUCCGUCCAGCAGUGGGGGCUCGACGUCUUCCAGGUCCGCGUCCUCCCGUGGCUGCCGCCCGGGGCCGACGACACCGCCGCCACCACAUCCUUCGCCGACCCCGGCCCGACCCGCGUGGCUUCGAGGAGGAUCUCCGUCGCCUCGAUCCCCGGCGUGAAGAUCAGGAUCGCCGGUCGCGCGCACGACGAGCUGUAA